AUGUCUCAGUAUAACAAAGAUGAUCAUGAUAUUGAUCAUGAGCAGCAACCUCAUCCUGGAAUGAUGAAUUAUGCAAACUAUGCAAAUCCAAAUAUGAAUUAUAGACCAGAAAUGAUUAAUCCAAUGAUAAAUAGGCAAGGACCACAACAUUUAAACCAACAACAAAAUCAAAACCAACAAAAUCAACAGCAAAAUUUUAGAGGACAAAAUCAAAAUAUGAUGGGUGGACAAAAUCAAAAUAAUAACAACAAUAAUAGUAGUAAUAUUAAUAAUAAUAGGGUUGGAAAUAAUAGUAAUAUCAAUGGGAUGCCAACUGGAGGUAAUAUGGCAACCAAUAUAAAUAAUAUGAAUAUGAUGAAUAAUAACAAUAAUACCAAUAAUAACAAUAAUGGAAGACCAAUAUCAUCUUCGAAUUCACAGCAGCCACCACCACCACCACAACAACAACAACAACCUCAACAACCAUUAUCAAGAUCAACACCAAAUACGCCAACAACAUCCAGCUCACCAAAUCUUCAAAAUAUACCAAGAAUGAAUGGUAAUGUAAAUAACGCACAACAAAACACACAACAACAACAACAAAGAGGAAAUAUUAAUAGCAAUGGACCAAUAAUACAAGGCAUGCAAAAUUAUCCUUAUAAUAGUAAUAACAAUAAUAAUAACAAUAUUAAUAAUAAUAAUAAUAAUAAUAAUAAUAAUAAUAAUAAUAUUUCUUCCACAUCACCUCUUCAAAAACAACAAGGAAAAGAUAAUAAUAAUAAUAAUAAUAAUAAUAAUAAUAUCAAUAAUAAUAACAAUAACAAUAAUAAUAAUAAUUUUGAUUUAAACAACGAUUUCCCCGUACUGAGCAGUACCUCAAAUAAAAAUGCUCAAUCAAAAAAUAAUAGUAAUAAUAAUAAUAAUAAUCAAAAUAAUAACACUAAUAAUAAUAAUAAUAAUAAUAGUAAUAAUAACAAUAAUAAUAAUAGUAAUAAUAAUAAUAGUAAUAAUACAUUUUCAUCAGAUGAAAAUUCACUUCACCAUCAUUUAGGUUAUGAUCAAGGUCACGAAGAAUAUCAAAGAAAAGAUUUUAAUAUUGUUGAUAAAGAUAAUGGAAAAUAUGGUUUAUUAGGUUUAUUAAGUGUAAUUAAAAAUACAGAUUUAGAUAUAAGUACCCUUUCCAUUGGUAUUGAUUUAACAGCGUUAGGUUUAAAUUUAAAUUCUCAAGGGGAAAUAUCAAAUUCAUUUGGAUCACCAUGGGUAGAUUAUUCAAUUUCGAGAAAACCUGAAUAUUAUAUCCCGUUGUGUUAUUCUACACCAAAUUUAGAAUCACCAACAUUCAAGAUGAACCUAUUCACAUAUGAAACACUAUUUUAUAUAUUUUAUUCAAUGCCAAAGGAUGUAUUACAAUUACAUGCAGCCAUCGAAUUGUAUGAUAGAGAUUGGAGAUAUCACAAAGAAGGAAAGAUAUGGUUAACUCGUGUUCAAGGUACUGAACCAAAUAUAACCUCAACCUUUGAGGUUGGUUCUUUCUUUUUCUUUGAUGUCACCAUUUGGGAAACCGUUAGAAGAGAUAACUUUUAUAUUCCACACGAUCUAUUGGAAACUAAAGAAGUUUUAAUUGCUUUAGUUAAUAAAGCUGAACAACAACAAGCUGCCGCUGCUGCUGCUGCCGCUGCUGUUCAACAACAACAACAACAACAACAACAACAGCAACAACAAAAUCAACAAUCAUCUCCAACCUCACCACAAAAUAAUUAA